GGUAGAGGGUGGAACUAGCUUCCUCCUACUGUCCCAACUCUCUUCUCCUCCAUGGCCCUUGUGCAGGUGUCUGUUAGGCAAGCAGAGGGUGGGAGUUCCCAUCCCUCCUGAGAGAAGGUCCUAGUAGCCCUGCCCCAAGCUUUCUAAUUCAGGACUUGUUUCCUGCAGAAGAGAAACAAGGCAAGGUACAAGCCUGGUCCCCAGCUCUGGCUUUCUGCCUCUCCACGUGCUCAUGGCCUCUCCCAGGCUAACACUAAGCAGUGUCAUGAGUCUGAGCCAGGUGGGAGAUUAAUUCCUAGGGGCACUUCAGGGCUGAGAAGGGGGAGGAAUGACAGGUCCAGUAACCGUUACCAACAGAGCAGUGCAGCUGCCAUCCUUGACAGCUCCCUCCUCCUUGGAGACCGUGACAUAGAUGGUCAGGAACCCAGGCUGAGAAAGACAGCCAAGCGGUGGGGGGAGCCUAGGCAAAUCUGGCCUCUGCCAAGUCCUGGCUUCAGCCAGGCAAGCUCCAGCCUCCCUGGCUCCUCCUCCUCCUCAGUCCUAUCCCCACCCUGUCACACAUACACUUAAUACGCCUGGCAUCCAAGUCCACCCACUCCAGACUUUGGCCUUAGCAGUAGUUAGUGUGGGAGGCUGGGAAGACUGGGAGCAGUCUCUUAAACAAAAGUAAAAGAAUAAGCUUCGGGUGCUGUAGUACCUGCCAGCUUUCUCCACAGGAGCCUAGGCUGCCACCUGUAGGUCACUUGGGCUCCAGCUAUGUGGCUGCCUCUUCUGCUGGGUGCCUUACUCUGGGCAGUGCUGUGGUUACUCAGGGACCGGCAGAGCCUGCCCGCCAGCGAUGCCUUUGUCUUCAUCACCGGCUGUGACUCAGGCUUUGGGCGCCUUCUGGCACUGCAGCUGGACCAGAGAGGCUUCCGAGUCCUGGCCAGCUGCCUGACCCCCUCCGGGGCCGAGGACCUGCAGCGGGUGGCCUCCUGCCGCCUCCACACCACCCUGCUGGAUAUCACUGAUCCCCAGAGCGUCCAGCAGGCAGCCAAGUGGGUGGAGAUGCACGUUAAGGAAGCAGGGCUUUUUGGUCUGGUGAAUAAUGCUGGUGUGGCUGGUAUCAUCGGACCCACACCAUGGCUGACCCGGGACGAUUUCCAGCGGGUGCUGAAUGUGAACACAAUGGGUCCCAUCGGGGUCACCCUUGCCCUGCUGCCUCUGCUGCAGCAAGCCCGGGGCCGGGUGAUCAACAUCACCAGCGUCCUGGGUCGCCUGGCAGCCAAUGGUGGGGGCUACUGUGUCUCCAAAUUUGGCCUGGAGGCCUUCUCUGACAGCCUGAGGCGGGAUGUAGCUCAUUUUGGGAUACGAGUCUCCAUCGUGGAGCCUGGCUUCUUCCGAACCCCUGUGACCAACCUGGAGAGUCUGGAGAAAACCCUGCAGGCCUGCUGGGCACGGCUACCUCCUGCCACACAGGCCCACUAUGGGGGGGCCUUCCUCACCAAGUACCUGAAAAUGCAACAGCGCGUCAUGAACCUGAUCUGUGACCCGGACCUAACCAAGGUGAGCCGAUGCCUGGAGCAUGCCCUGACUGCUCGACACCCCCGAACCCGCUACAGCCCAGGUUGGGAUGCCAAGCUGCUCUGGCUGCCUGCCUCCUACCUGCCAGCCAGCCUGGUGGAUGCUGUGCUCACCUGGGUCCUUCCCAAGCCUGCCCAAGCAGUCUACUGAAUCCAGCCUUCCAGCAAGAGAUUGUUUUUCAAGGACAAGGACUUUGAUUUAUUUCUGCCCCCACCCUGGUACUGCCUGGUGCCUGCCACAAAAUAAGCACUAACAAAAGUGUAUUGUUUAAAAAAUAAAAAGAAGGUGGGCAGAAAUGUGCCCAGUGGAA